GGAAACCGUCAUCAAAUCUCGAAUUCGUUCAACAAUUUCCAUCUCCCGCUCGCCCUCGGCCCCGACGACGGCGAGGAUGGCGCAGCCGCUCGCCGCCGGCCCACGGAUCGUCGACCGCGACAUGUGGCUCGCCUGCGCCAACCCGAGGUCCGGCCACCUCCCCGCCGUUGGCUCCCUCGUCUACUACUUCCCCCACGGCCACGCCGAGCAGUGCCCCUCCCCUCUCGCGGAGCCGCUCGUUUGCCGCCAGGAAUUCCUCUGCAGGGUCGUCGCCGUCCGCGUCUCCGCCAGCGCCGAGACGAACGAGCCAUACGCCGCCAUCUCCCUCAAACCAGCUGUUGUCCCCGACGACGACGUCCCGAACCCGUUCCCUGCUCCCGACCAGCACCACCACCAGCCGCCGCAGAUCUAUUACUUCGUCAAAGAGCUGACAUAUCGCGAUGUUGACUAUCGAGAUGUCUUCUCCGCCCCCAUGUCUGCCGCCGAUAAGGUCUUCCCGCCGCCGCUCAAGGACAAACAGACACGGGAUCUCAGCAUGAGGGACCUGCAAGGUUUUCGGAUGGAUUUCAAGCACAGAGCGAACCGCGCCGGAAGCGUAGAACUCAGGGAGGGCUGGAGAGGAUUUAAAAAAGACAUGGACCUCAUCGACGGCGACCACGUGAUCUUCAUGCGCCGCCCCGCCAGCGGCCAGCUGUUCGUCGGGGUGCGGCGCCAGCGAGAUGUCCCGAAAAGAGUACGGCCCAUAAAGCACCGAGCCAAGGCGACGACCACGGUCCCGCUCCAGGAGGUGAUGGAGGCGGCGAGGCUUGCGGCGGCAGGCGUUGAGUUCACGGUGAACUACUACUCACGACAGGACGGAGACGAGUUUGUGGUGCCACGCAAGGUGGUGGACGAGGGCCUCAAGGUUUUGCGCGCCAGGCUCACUCCGACGAUGGUGGUGAAGUUCUCAUGGGCAGUCCAGGACGACGCGCCGCCCAUCGUUGGCCCACAGGGCAAAAUCGUCAGGAUCAUCUCCACGCGCAUGUGGCGCAAUCUCGAGGUUGGAUGGCCCCAAUCGUCAAAGAUGAAUAGAUGGACAAACUUUUGGCAAGUUCGACCUGUUUUCUACCCUAAUCUUCUUUCUUCUUCUUCUUCUCCUAGCCCUCAAAAGAAGCUUAAGAUUUCUGAGACGACUACUGAUCUUCCUUCGUCUUCUUCUCCUCACCCUCCAAAGGAGCUUAAUAUUUUUGAGACGGCUACUAAUAUUCCUUCUUCUUCUCCUCCUCCUCAACCUCCAAAGGAGCUUAAUAUUUCUGAGGUGGCUGCUGCAUCUGCAUCUAUGGAGCAAGAGGAGACAUUGGACGAACUACUGGACCAGCUAUUCUCAAAGCCACCUUUUCUUUGAAGAGUCACCCCUGAAUUUCAUUGAAUAAAAUGAACAAAAAUGAGAUACAAGCUUAGUCUGCGUGACAGCAAAGGCAAUAAUUUUUCGUAGAUUGCUUUUGAGGUUAGCAGCCCUGAGGUGUUGUUGCAGCAUUCAUCAUCUAGACCGUUGGUGACUUCAAUUGUACCUAUCUGAAGGAUUAGAUCAGCCAGCUGAUGUUGCGCCUGGGAUGAAAGUUUUGGUUGCAGAUUACUGUUUAUGCCCUGUGUUGCUAUGUCUCGGACUGAGGCUCAAUCCUACCUUGACUUAGCUUAGCUUUAGCUGUGCGAUGUUCAUCUGCAGUUUUUGGCCGGGAGAUGCUGUCGGUUGUCAGUUGGAGAAGCUUGAUGAUUGGUUAGCUGAGCCCUUGUACAGUUGUGUGGUACAGUAGCAGUUCUUUGUUUGCAGUAGUAGAACUUGUUCUUUGGGAGGGACAGAGAAGUAAUGUUUGUCAACAGCACGGUUCAAUCGAAAAGUUCCCGAAUAUAACGGCAAUUUUGCAAUUUACUCCCUUGGUAGGCUAAACUGCAAAAUUGCC